CAUCGUAAGAAAGCCGAAUAACGGAUCCUAAGAUCGAACGAACCUGUGCUAAACGUGAUUUCGUUCAAUAUUUUUCAUAUAUUUCAAUAUUUUUGACCCGAUCAAAAGUGUUCGUUUUAAUUUUUAACUAAAAAAUCGAUAAAUAGUGAGUAUGGACCCCGUAAAAGAGGAGGCGAUCGAAUUUAAUAGCCAUCCUCGCGACCGAAGCCCAAUGCAAAUGGCCGAAGCUGAGCAAGAAAAUGGCGCUGGCGCCCUGAAAAUUGCCACCAAUGCGGGUGCAACCGAUCGGCCACCGCAUCACCAACUCCCGCUGCCCGCCGAGGAUCAGCACGAUGAGGUGCUGACUCCCGGCGAGAAGGCCAGUUUCGAGUACCCGCCCCCGCCGCCGCCCCCAACUCCCGUCCAGGCUCCGCCGCCCACCAAGGCCACUGCUCUGACCGCCAGCCAGGAGCAUGACGACGACGAGGCCAACUCGGAGAAGUGGGAGGAUCCCUGCGCUCCACCCCCACCGCCUCCGCUGCCGACCAGCGCUUUCCUGGCCACCGGUCUGGGCUACCUCAAGCUGCCCGCCUUCAAGCUGAAGGACGCACUGGAGAAGGCCAUCACCAAGCUGGAGGCCAACAAGCGGACGCAGAAGGCCAAUCCCGAGUCAGCUCGUUCCAUCAAAAGCAAGAAGGUGGUGGCCAUGGAGAUGUUACCUAGGCGCUCGAACCCAGAAACGAAUUGCGAUGGGCCGAUGACGGCCUUCACGUCCACGGCUAUGAUGCUGCACCCGAAGACCAAGAUGCCCGAAGUGAUUGUGGCGAUGGAGAGGCGUUUUAAGAUCAUGCAACUGCUGGCCAAGCAGAAUCGAAUCCUUGAAUCCAUUUCCCGGGAAGCCAUUCCGAUGCAUGGCCCCUCGAAACACCACCUGCACGAGGACGAGGGCCUGGCACUUCAAGUGCUCUCGGCCCGAGCAUCCACACCGUACACACAGCCCUCCAGCAUGUUGUCCUGCACGGCCGUUAGCUGUGAUCUGGAGCACGACUCGCCGCGGAAGCAACAGGCCAGCAAGGAGGCCGUGCCGGACCAGCAGUCUCGCCAGGUGCAGCAGAAGCGUCCACCCGGCACGGGCACUCACAAGCCAGGAAGCCUGCGAGCGCCCAAGGCGUUGCGUCCUGCAGCUGCUCCGGUGGCCAGCAGCAAGCCGGUCAAGAGCUAUACGCGCUCCCACCUGCUGGACAUUCGCAACGGAAUGUUCAAUGCCCUGAUGCACAGGUCGAAGGAGAGCUUUGUGAUGCCUCGGAUCGCCACCUGCGACGACAUUGAGUUGGAGGGAAGGCUGCGUCGUAUGAAUAUUUGGCGCAUCUCGGACGGCACAAGAUUCCGCACUCGCUCCACCACAAACAACUCAAACAUGACCAACAACAAUGAGUGCAUGCCUGCCUUUUACAAGAACAAAAAUAAGCCGCACCUAAUCAGCGACGAGUCCAUCAUCCAGAGCCAACCGCCUCAGCCGCAAACCGAGUUCCAGGAUCCGGCAAUUGUUAACCAAAGACGCAUUGGAAGCGGUCGUUUCAACCAUUCCAAGUGGGGCUACAACGAGGACGACUACCACUCGUAUCACAGUGGCAAGUCGCAGCAUAUGGAGGAGGUUAAUCCAAAGUCCCAGAACAGCAAGAACAUGACGGUUAUGCAGUUCUUCGACAACGGGGAGAUCAGCAGUCAGUCUCAAGGCCGACCGAACACUCCUGUGAUGGGCAUGUCUACCAAUCGGUCCGAGAACGAUACCCUGCAGUCGAACGAGUCCAGUGAUGAUUUGAGUCGCGCCAACGAGAACUAUGUGAAACGCGUAAUGUCUGGAUUCCUGGUUGUGUCGAAGCCCAAGUCACGGGAUGUCGAGGAUAGGCAUCACCGGCGGUACAGGAACCAGAACGAGGAGCCGGAGUGGUUUAGCUGUGGUCCCACGUCUAGACUGGACACUAUAGAGUUGUGCGGCUUUGAUGAGGACGAGGAGAAAAUGCUAAGGGAGGCCAACAAAAACCAUGGAGUAGGUGAAAUGGAGCGGGAGGCGCCAAAACAAAAGGUUGACCAUAAGUACAAAUGGACGCAUGCGGAGCCGGUGGGUCGAAGUAAAUACAUGCCCAAACACGACACAAACAACAAUCAUAACGUGGAUAACAUGAACAAUGUUAUGGCAGCCGAGCACCAGCAGCAAAAGGAGGAUAAACGUUCAGGCAGUGGCCGUUCGUUUCAGUUUGAUAAGUUUAAUCACAGCCAACAGAAUUACGAGGGUAGCAGUUAUGUUAAUCAGCAGCAGCCGCCACAAACCCAGCCUCAGCAAAUGCAGCAGCAAUCGAACACAAAUACGAAUAACUCUAAAUUCAUGUCAUUCUUUGCCCGUGAGGGGAACUCUUCGUCGUCUUCGCUGAACGAGUUUUUCAAGCAGGCCAUGAACCAGGGUCAUGUCAACAAUCCGGAGCAGCCCAAAUCCUUGGGCCACAUAGGUCAGAUGCCUUCGGUGGAUCAGCUGGAGGCCAAAUGGCGUCGAAAUUCGCUAAACAAUGCUGGCGAACCUGCCAACAAGCAGUCUGAUAACUUCCAGAAGCUAAUUGGCUCACUCUCUGCGGCUAAGCCACAGUCGCAGGUGCCAGGCUACGAUGCCAUCUCCAACUUCAUCAUGCAGCAACAGCAGUACCAGCAGCAGCAACAGAAGCAGCACGUUAUCAUACAGCAGCAGCAGCAACAGACUGCCUUUUUGGCGGGCCUGCAACUGAAGGCGAUCCUCGGCCGGGCCGACACCCAAUUGCUACUACUGCGUCUGACUAAAGGGGAAAUAUCCAAGCACGGAUUGCUGGUGCAGUUGGCCAACCCACGCUUGACAGACAUGGAUCGCGAGGCCAUUACGGCUGUAUUACAAUUCACCAACACCCAGCAGCAGCAACAGCAGCACAAGCAGCAGCUGGACAUGCUCUCGAGCACGGUUAUCGCCAGCCAGUUGCAGAAUCUCCACAGCUUGGCCAUUGUCCAGCAGUCUCUUGCAGCCAGGCAGCAGCCGCAGCAUAGUCCACAGACGCAGGCGCCACAUCAACUGUCGCAGGAGGACUUGCAAGCGCAUGCCAAUGUGAUAAUGCGAAACGCUGUAAUGAAGCGGAAAAUGGAGGAGCAGACCUCCAAGCUCAUUAAUGGCGGUGCCAAGCAUCAGACACAGCAGCAACAUCUGAACCGUGGCCAGCAACGACAGGGUCGAUCAGAUGCCGCCUCGAAUGCCCUGCUCCAUGCCCUAAUCUCUGGCGGUGGCAACAACCAAGCCUCUGGUCAUCUUAUGAGCGGACAGCCGCAGCAGCAACAAGCAAACGUGAACAAUCGUCGUUCUGCUGCAGAUGCCAAUUUGCGAUUCGCAGAUAAUCAAAACUUCCAAUCUUUCGAGUCCAACCAGCCGCACUUUGCAACGCAGUACAAGCAGCACUACCAACAGUCUCAGCAACAACAGCCCCAUCAGCAGAAUUUGCACCAUCAGAACAACUCUGCAGGCGGCCAUAACUUCAGCAAGGCCCAAAUGCUGCCCAACAGCGGGGAUGAGUUUCAUUAACGGCCUCAAGAGAUUCGCUACAACGACCGUUGGUCUGAUGGCCAUCGGUAUCGGAUCCACCGUUCUUAUCUACACCACCCAUCGCCUUGCCAUCAAACCCCAUCUUGUCGAGAAACGCCGCCUG